ACGGACGCAUCAAUGUCAGAUAUAGGAAUGGCUAUGGCAGAUCGCUUUGGGCUGCAGCUGGUCACUAGUGGCAACGACUCCAAAGUUGACAUCGUUUUCUUACAUGGACUUCGAGGCGACGUGGUAACUACAUGGAGUAAAGAUUUCAUGUUUUGGCCUGGACAAUUACUCCCAGUUGAUAUACCUGAUGCCAGGAUUUAUUCAUUUGGCUAUGAUAGCAGCAUUACCCACACAGAGGUGGGAAAUGUUACUGAGACAAAAGUCAACCGAGUCGCUGGCGACCUCCUUACAAAUCUGGCAGAGGAACGUUCCAAGACCCAAACGGAUGAUCGACCCAUAAUCAUUGUUGCACACAGUCUAGGUGGGCUUGUCGCGGCACGACUUUUCGUUCAUGGGGAGCGGAGGAGAAAAGAUUCCAAUGCAAAUUCCACCACCAAGUAUAUCCGGGGAAUAAUAUUCCUUGGGACACCCUUCAGGAACUCUAUCGUGCCGGGAUUACCCGGCAGUAUUAGCAAUAUCCUUCAGCUCGUUGGAGUCGAUACUCAAGAACAAACACUUGGGCUUCUUGGCGUCGACUUUGAACGUCUGAAUGAACUGACAAGUGCAUUUUCGAGUGUACUAAAAGAACGCCAAGGAUCUAAAGACCCAAAUGAUAAAAUCGAUGCCUUCUUUUUCUAUGAGGCCCUUCCCACAAAGAUUGGUAGCGAGAGCAUCCAGAUUGUUGAAAAAGAAUCCGCUCAGCUCCCAGGCUGUGGAGAUGGGAUUCCUGUUAAAGCUGAUCACGGAAACAUAUGCAAGUUCAAGUCCGCCAAAGACGACGACUAUCUGAUCAUUAUUAGCGUUAUGAGAAAGAUACUUAUGCCUCCCAACGCCGAGAGCUCAGAGGGGUAUGCAAGCAAAAGAGUGUGGGUUAAUAACUUCGGAAAAGCUGUAAAUGUUGGUGACGAAUUUACGAUCUAUAGUCAGCAUGUGACGCUGUAAUGACUCUCAAAUGAAAAUUGCCCUAUUUCGCUUUCUG